AUGGUCCCAAUACAUUUGAUAUAUCAAACUCCAGUAGUCGACUUUGAAAAUAGAGCUUACUCAUUUAUUGCAUUGCUGGGGAAGCUGUCUUCAUUGAAUCAAGCAAGCCUAAGUGGUACGGAGAGAAAAGAUUAUGAAAGUCAGCUCAAACUAAAUGAAAUGAAGAUUGUAUACCCAAGCAAUGUGCAAGAAACAUCAGCAUUUGUUUUUCAAAACGGUUUUGAGAAAAUGAGUUACUGUGACAGCAAGUUUUAUACCAGACAGUACAUGUUUCAUAAUGAAGAUCCGGUGUUUGGAAAAGUCGCUUGGAACUCCAGGAUCAUGAGUAGAUUUUGUGAGGUCAGUGACGUUAAUCCAAAAACACAAGCUGCACGUAAGUUUGGUUGGUUGUUUGUGGGUAGCUUUGAUCUCAGUUGCAACAGUUGGGGUGAAGUCAGUGUCAAAGACAGAGGAGUCUGUAUCUGGUCAUACCAGUCAUAUGAACUUGGAGUACUUCACAUUCCACAAAAAGUCAACACACCAGAAGGCCCACAGUUGUGGUCUCCAGAUUUUUCCACCAUUGUACUACCAUAUAACGAGACAACUCUGGUAAAAUACCCACAAUAUGCCUAUCCCAUCAUGCAACGACCGGAUUCACAUCAUCCUCAACUCGUAGGAAGACUUUUCUUCAAAGGCAGUACCGUUUUUAUACAAGAUACAUUUCCAAGGAACAAGCAAGAGGAAGAUUUCAUCGGAGAUCCUCAGCUGAACAAGAACAAUUGGAAUGCUGCUCGAGCUUCGUGUUAUCAUGACACGCCCGCCCGAUUACGACAAACUACUAUAAACAAAUGUCCUGGCUUUGUGCCGGAGAUUGGAUCACUGAUUGUAUUCCAUGUUUCUCCGCCAUCAAUGAAUCCUUUCCAGUCUGGUAGACGAUCAAAGAGUCAACAAGGACUUAAUGUACUAUGGAUUUGUGACUAUAUGUAUCCUGAAAGGCAUGAAAAAACAGAAAUGGAAAACGGAGAAUCAAAAGAUGAUCUCUGUAUGAAUUUCGCACAGUUGCCUCUGUCCGAUGGUCCCAAUGGGGCUGAUGCUCCUACUGAAAUUCCGAAGCAAACAAACCAGCCCACUAUGGUUAGAUACACUGGAAUGAAAGUGAUCGGGUUGGAAGCUGAUCCGUACACGCUAACAAUAUCGUCACCUGGUGCAUUUGAAGUGAAAAGACCUGAACGUAGAGACGUCUUCUUAAAGAAAAUGCUGUAUAAUAUCCAUGGUGUAGACGUCACAAAGCCAAGCGUACAGGCGCAGAGACGCUUACGUAGAGCACGGGCACUUCUUGUGUCAACUAAGAAAAAAAUGUUGGACGUAAAAACAGCUGGUGGUUUGGACAGGAAAAAUUAAAGAAAAUUUUCAUUUGUUGCAUGCAUAACCAAUAUUGUUUUGUCUUGACAAAGUUGCUUUAUUUUGAUGUUGUCAAGUACUGGUGAUGAUUUGUAAUGUUGAUCACUUUUCCCAAAAUAAACCUGCAAAUUUUGAUCAAAAGUGUAGUGGAUGGAAAAUCAUUUUCAUUUGGAUGAAAAUUUACAAAAAUGUGCAAAUUAUUG